AUGAAGCAGACCAACGUCAGCCAGAGCGCUGGAAACAGUAGAGUAGCAGAGCCCUUCCUGACGCCAUACCUGAUCGGACCAUACAAGAACAUUUCUGAAGAAGUGGUGACCAACUACCUGUUUCCCAUAUGGACCUACUCUUACCUGAGUUUCCUUCUGCCCGUGUUCUUGCUGACGGAUUUCUUAAAACACAAGCCUGUUAUUGUAGUCCAAGGACUCUUUCUGGUCUCCAACUAUGUGCUGCUCUGUUUUGUUCCAGGAUUAGCUGCUAUGGUCUUUCUACAGGUGAACUAUGCAGUGGUGACCUCAACAGAAGUGGCGUACUUUUCAUAUAUAUACAGCAUGAUACCGAUAGAAAAUUACCAGAGAGCCACGGGGUACCUACGGGGGGCCAUGCUGGUCGGGUACACUUUUGCAGCAUCUCUGGGACAGUUGCUAGUCUCUGUUGCUGGUCUGGACUACUUCUACCUCAACGCCAUUACGCUUGGUCUUGAGAUGGUGGCGUUCCUCAUCGCUUUAUGUUUACCGAUGCCCAAGACGAGCUUGUUCUUCAAAGGGGCCUCUGCCACAGACAAAGAGGAGGACUUUCAAUGGUGCAGUUGUAAAAAUGUGAUCAGAGCAGGACGUUUGCUCCUGCAGAGUUUUAAGGAGUCCUACUCUUCAAGUCGGCUGAUCUGCUGGUCACUGUGGUGGGCCAUGGCGACUGCUGGCUACACACAGAUCUUCAACUACGCCCAGCUCCUGUGGAACCACAUCGAGCCCUCCGACGCCUCCUCCACCUACAACGGGGCUGUAGAGGCUGUCAGCUGUCUGGCUGGGGCAGCAGCUGCGUUCUGUGUGGGUCAUAUAAAGGUGACGUGGGCAGUGUGGGGCGAGCUGGCCUUAGGGCUGUUCUCUGCUGCAGGGACUGGGGCAGUUUUUCUCAUGGCACUGACCAGCAACAUAUGGGCCUGCUACGCUGGUUAUGUCAUAUUCAAGUCAUGCUACAUGCUGCUCAUCACCAUCGCUGUAUUUCAGAUCGCCUCAAACCUGUCCAUGGAAUGCUACGCCCUGACGUUUGGUAUCAACACGUUCGUGGCUCUGGUGCUGCAAACCAUUGUGACUUUCAUAGUCGUGGAUGACGCUGUGUUGGGAUUGGACAUUGUCACACAGUUCCUGAUCUAUGGCAGUUACUACGGACUCAUCUCGGCCUUGUUCCUGAUUCGUGGCGUGUACACAGCCUGCACCAAUCAAAGUCAAUCUGAAGAAAAAGACUCUUGUGUGAAGGUGAUCGACGAGGAGCGGUUUUAA